CUCUCUUUUUUUUCAACUGCUUCCUUCUUGAGCAGCUUGAGCCGACCGAGGAAAAGAUAAAAAAGUAAAAGAUGUUGUGCUGAGGCUGAUGAGGGUCACCGUCCCUCCUCUCAGCGUCCCGUUAUCCGCCGCCGGGCUGCCCUCCUCCUCCACAGCCUGGAAACAGCCCCAUGUUUGUGCGCAAAGUUCAGCUCUGCUCUGAUGGAAGAAGUUAGAAGACAAAGCGGCCACAGCGGAGUGGUUUUCUCCUCUGUUCCGUGAUGAUGCUUAAUGCUCCCUUCCGACGGUCAUGAUGUCUUGGGGGGAGUUUAUCGAGCUCCGUGACCUGAACUCUAGCAGUGGGCAGAUGGAACUGACUGGCCUGCGUUCGCCAUGCUCACCCCCGCGCCUGGAGAGAACCAACGCCUUGAGGAUCAGCCCAGGGAAGGUGCCCGACCUCCUGAGCCGCGUGGGCAUCAUCAGGGUUCUCAGCAGCUCCCAGGACCCCGAGUUUGUAGAAGAGAAGGGAGAGGGGCAUAACUUCCAACCCUGCAGCCAUGCUCAGCCUACGUGGUGCGACCUGUGUGGUGACUUCAUUUGGGGCCUUUACAAGCAGAGUCUGCGACUGCAGGUUUACAUGCCACUACCGCUGCCGUGCCCUGAUUCAGCUGGACUGCAGCUGGGAGCGUGGCUCGGCGGCGGACCUCACAACUGUUGUGGAGCACACCAUAGAGACAGACACGAAUGUGCGGUAAGAAGUAUGGCAAACAGCUCCGAUAAGACUCCGUCAUUCGAGAUGAGCUGGGGCAGCUCCACCAGCAGCGGCUACUGCAGCGAGGAGGACUGCGACUCUGAGUUCGAGCAAUAUUUCACCGCCCGGACAUCCUUCUUCCCCAAAACUAAAAAACCCACCGCUACUGAUGCGGACAAGGUUAAGAAGGACGAACAAGUCGAACAUGGGAAACCAGAAUGGACUACUGCUGAAAUUCUGCAGAAAGUGAAGGAAUACAACUCCCAGAUCAAUAGCAAUCUGUUCAUGAACAUGAACAAGGAUGGGUCCUACACUGGUUUUGUGAAGGUACAAUUCAAGCUAGCACGGCCUGUGUCAGUUCCAGCACCAAAGAAAGGAGGUCCUGAUGCUGGAGGGAGGCGAGCCAGCGGAGUGAAGCGCCGCACCUCCUUCUACCUGCCAAAGGAUGCCUCCAAGCAUUUGCACAUAAGCUCCCGUACGUCUGCUCGUGAGGUCAUUGAGGCUUUGUUGAAGAAGUUCACAGUGGUGGACAAUCCCGGCAAAUUUGCACUGUUUGAGCGCAGCGAGCGCCAUGACCAAGUUUAUCUUCGUAAGCUCUCUGAUGGCGAACGGCCGCUCCGUUUACGUCUGAAUGCGGGGCCCAAUGAGAAGGUCCUCAGUUUUGUUCUCAAAGAAAAUGAAACUGGUGAAGUUAAUUGGCACGCUUUCUCCAUGCCUGAGCUGAAGAACUUCCUGCUCAUCCUUCAGCGUGAAGAAGAGGAACACGUCAAGCAGAUUGUGAAAAGAUAUACUUUGGCUCGCACCAAGAUGCUGGAGGCUUUGUCCGGCUCAACCCCAGGCUGAAACAACUCUGUGCUCGGAGUUUGCUGUGCUGCUCCUGGCUGGUUGCGACCAGUCACUGCUGCAUGCAAAGACUCUGGAGAAAGAAACAG